AUGUGCUCGGCUUUUCUGUGGAGCGGCUCGCCAAAUAUCUCUACUAAGUCAAAGGUUGCAUGGGAGGAGGUUUGUAAACCAAAGGAUGAAGAAGGACUCGGGAUUCGGAGAAUAAAGGAUGUCUCUGCGGUGUUUGAUCUAAAAUUGAUAUGUGAAGCAAAUUAUACUACACGGGGAGUCCUUUUGGGAUGCUCGAGUAGGGGCAGUGGGCUCAUGGAUUUGGAAGAAGCUCCUUCAGCUGCGACCUUUGGCCAAGGAGUUCUUGUGUAUGGAUGGCGCUUGAUUGAAGUAAUUGGUGAGAGGGGAACUCAGAAGCUGGGCAUAGUUCGCAACGCAAAGAUUGCUGAUGUCUUAGUCGAUGAUCAGUGGAGAUUCCGGAACUCAAGGGAUAGCGGUAUCGUGCAAGUGCUUGCGCAGAUAAAGGCAAAGCCGUUGUUAUUGACGCCAAAUGUGGAUGAUGGUGUGAAAUGGAAGCGAGGAGAUGUAGAGUAUGGAUCAGAAUUCUCAGCUUAUAGCACUUGGGACAUGGUGCGCGCCCAAAAUGCAAAGGUUCCUUGGGCAAAGCUGAUUUGGUUUAAACAAGGGGUGCCGCGAUAUGCUUUUAUAACCUGGCUAGCUGUUAAAGAUCGUCUCUCUACUGGAUCUAGAAUGCGAACUUGGGGAAUUAUUGGAUCUUUACUCCGACCGGCGCCAUCGCCUGACUGGAAUGAAAUUUUGGCUCGCAUUCUCCACUCAGCACAUGACAGGCUCGUUUCUAUUCUCCUGAGGCUAGCAUUACAAGUUAUGGCUGGAGGUCGGAACAACACGUUUGGAGAAUCAAGGGGAUCAUCGUCUGGUUGUCGAUCCUCAAAAGGUGCUGGGAGAUUUUUCAGUGUUCCUAAGAAAUGUUGGUGUGGUGAGUCCAAUUCCGACCAGAAUCCAUACCGGAGAUACUUGCGAUGUUCAUUUGCAGUAGAGAAUAAGCUUCACAAUGAUAAUCACAUCUUCAAGUGGGUGGAUGAGGCUUUAUUGAACGAGGUUGAUACACUUUAA